UUGCCCUUCUCCACGUGGGUGUAGCCGGCUGCCGGCUCCUCUCCUCCGAAGGACCCCGCGGGGGGCUCGGCGUCGGACCCUAGCUCCUACCCGGCAUGAACCGCUACCUCCUGCCGCUGUCCGUGCUGGGCACGGCGGUGGGUGGCGCGGUGCUGCUCCGAGACUACGUUGCGGGCGGGGCCUGUCCCAGCAAGGCCACCAUUCCCGGGAAGACAGUCAUUGUGACUGGCGCCAACACGGGGAUCGGAAAGCAGACAGCCAUGGAACUGGCCAGGAGAGGAGGCAACGUCAUUCUGGCCUGUCGAGAUAUGGAGAAGUGUGAGGCGGCGGCAAAGGACAUUCGCGGGGAGACCCUUAAUCACCGUGUCAGGGCCCGGCACUUGGACUUGGCCUCCCUCAAGUCCAUCCGAGAGUUUGCCGCAAAGAUCACUGAAGAGGAGAAGCAGGUGCACGUUCUAGUCAACAAUGCGGCCGUGAUGCGGUGCCCGCACUGGACGACGGAGGACGGCUUCGAGAUGCAGUUUGGCGUUAACUACUUGGGUCACUUUCUUUUGACAAACUUGCUGCUGGACAGACUGAAAGCCUCGGCCCCUUCACGGAUCAUCAACCUCUCAUCCUUGGCCCACAUCGCGGGACACAUAGACUUUGACGACUUGAACUGGGAGAAAAGGAAGUAUGACACCAGAGCGGCUUAUUGCCAGAGUAAGCUGGCCAUCAUCCUCUUUACCAAGGAGCUGAGCCGGCGGCUGCAGGGCACGGGUGUGAUGGUCAACGCUGUGCAUCCUGGUGUGGCCAGGACGGAGCUGGGCAGGCACACGGGCAUGCAUAGCUCUGCCUUCUCCAGCUUCACCCUUGGGCCCGUCUUUUGGUUGCUGGUCAAGAGCCCCGAGCUGGCAGCCCAGCCCAGCACGUACCUGGCUGUGGCGGAGGAACUGGAGGGUGUUUCUGGGAAGUACUUUGACGGACUCAAAGAGAAGGCUCCGGCCCCUGAAGCUGAGAAUGAGGAGAUAGCCCAGAGACUUUGGGCUGAAAGUGCCCGCCUGGUGGGCUUGGAGAUGCCUCGUGCUUCCUCUGUGAGGAAAUAACCUCUUGGAGCCCCUCCCCAAAUAACCUCUUGGAGCCUGUGGAAACUACGUGGGAGGCUGAGUACCAGGAUGGAGCAGCAAGACCAACCAAGGCUGGCCGCUCUGUUUGCAGCACCCUUUGGGUGUCAGUGUUGGCCAAGGAAUGCUGAUGUCCAUGCCCCUGUCACGCUCCGGAUGGCAAUGCCGGUGGCCUGAGCCGCAAGGCCACUUCUGUCCUGCCUUGCCGCACCUUCUGGGAGUCCGUAUUGGCCAAGGAACACUGACUGCCAUGCCUACGUCACCCUCUAAGUGGCGCUGUUGGCUGCUUAAGCUCAAGAUCGCUACUGUCAUACCCCCAGCACCCUCUAGGUGGCAGUGUUGGUUGAGGAAUGCUUACCGCCCUCCCCAUGUCACCUCUAGCUGGCACUUUUGCCUGUGUGAGCCUGGAGAUCACUGCUGUCAUGCUGGUACUGCCCUGAAGGUGGCAGGAGCCCAGGGAACGCUGGCUGCCAUGUCCACACCACCCUAUAGGAGUCACUAGCGGCCCUUUUCUCAGGCACAGUGGACAGGACUGCAGAUGUGCACCUGGCACAGUGGCCAGCUGAUGCAGCGUGCUCUGUAGCCCACAGGUGCGUAGGGCCUUCAGAAACCUGCCUUGAGUGUGUAACUGGGAACUGCUGUGGGAGGCGUCUGCUCCAUCUGCCGUGGCUGUGUCAGGAGAGCCAGUGGUGGCCACUGUGCAGAACCGUAUGACUGCUGGGGAGGGUGUCAACCAGCCACGGUCAAGUUCCUGGUUCCCUGUGGGACCUCAGGUGCGUCUCUGAGCCACGGUUUCUCCCCCGGCGCAUGUGCAGAAUAACCUGACCACCUCACUGGA